AACGAGCGAGCGACCUAGAGGCUGUUGGACAGCAGGAGCGAAGCAAUGCCUAAAUCAAAGAAACUUGUUUCUUCAAGCUCUUCAGGCAGUGAUUCUGACAGCGAAGUUGAAAAAAAGUUAAAGAGGAAAAAGCAAGUUGUUCCAGAAAAACCUGUGAAGAAGCAAAAGCCUGGUGAAACUUCAAGAGCUCUGGCAUCUUCCAAGCAGAGCAGCAGCAGCAGAGAUGACAACAUGUUUCAGAUUGGAAAAAUGAGAUACAUCAGUGUACGGGACUUUAAAGGAAAAAUCCUAAUUGAUAUUAGAGAGUAUUGGAUGGCCUCGGAAGGUGAAAUGAAACCAGGGAGAAAAGGUAUUUCCUUAAACACGGAGCAGUGGAGCCAGCUGAAGGAACAGAUCUCUGACACAGAUGAUGCAGUAAGAAAGCUGUAAAUCUGAGCCAUAUCAAGCCUGU